CCCCUCCCCAAUUCCCCCCGCCACUCAAUCAACACAAACAGCAAUGGCGCCCAUAAAAAAAUCCGCCGGCCCCCGCUCCGAGCGCAAAGCCGCAAAGCGCAAAGCCCAAGACGCCAUCCCCGAUGUGCCAGAGGACUACAACAACGAGGGCGCCGAGGAAGUAGCAGCGCCCAAGAAGCGUAAGCGUGAUGAUGACGAGGAAGGCGGUGAGGACACCGAGGAGAGUGGUAUCAAGAAGGUGAGGAAGGAGAAGAAGGAGAAGAAGGAGAAGGAGGAGGGGAAGAAGGAGAAGAAAGAGAAGAAGCCCAAGAAGGAUGCCGAGGGAGGGGAUGAGGAUACGAUGAUGGAAGACGCCGCACCGAAGGAACCAAAGGAGCCAAAGGAAGAUGUCCCAAAGAAGAGCAAAAAAGAGCGUAAAGCCGAGCGCAAAGCCCAACAAGCCGCCGAAGCAAUCGCCAACGCGAAAGCCAACCGCGCUGCCGAAGAAGCAGCCGCAGCCUCCAAACCCACCGUCGCCUCUGACGGAACCGAGGCCAGCAAGCCCGCCGCAGCUGCAGCAGCUGGAGGAAAAACUCCCAAAGCCGAGAAAGCGCCUAAGCUCGAUAAGGACGGGAAUCCGAUUAAGAAGAAGAAUAACCGUAAUCGCGAGAAGAAACGGCUUGCGGCUGCGACGGCUAUAGCGGCUGGUGAGAAGGCGCCAGCUAGGUUUAUUGUGUUUGUUGGCAACCUCCCCUUCACCGCCACGGUGGAAUCCAUAACUGCGCAUUUCGCUGCCGUGCAUCCCAUCUCCGUGCGCAACCUCACCCAAAAAGACGACCCCACCAAGUCAAAGGGCUGCGCAUUCGUCGAAUUCGAGGGGUACGAUCACAUGAAGACGUGCCUAAAGACUUAUCACCACAGCGAGUUUGACGAUGGGAAGGGAGGAGGGGGAAGGAAGAUUAAUGUUGAGCUCACCGCGGGGGGUGGGGGUAAUACGAAGGUCAGGAAGGGGAAGAUUGCAGAGAAGAAUGAGAAGUUGAUGGAGCAGAGGACGAGGAGGAUUGGGGAGGAGGAGAAGCAGAAGUUGGUUAAGAGGGGGGUGCCGGAGGAGGAUCAGAGUGGGAUUCAUCCGAGUCGGAGGGCGAGGGUUGCGUAAAUCGGGGAAGGGGGUGUAUGAAUUGCGUCGUAGUAGUUUUGAGUUUGAUUGUGGGAAUGGUAAUUUCACAGCGUUAACAAGCGGAGA